CUGCAACUCAUCGUCAUCCUUCCAUCCAUCUUUUCUCCUUACAACACCCUGCCAACAAACCACCCACCACUCCUACCACACCCCCAUCCCCAUCUUCAUCUAGUUCGCAGCAGUAACCGCAAAGAUGGGUGGUGAUCUCAACCUCAAGAAAUCAUGGCACCCCUCCCUCCUCCGCAACCAGGAGCGCGUCUGGGCGGAAGAGAAACGCGCCCUCGAGGAGCGCAAGCGCAUCGACCAGCUGCGGCGCGAGCGGGACGAAGAGCGCCAGAUCCAGGAACUCCAGCGGCUGCAGGAGGACUCGGGCGCGCCGCGCCAGAUCCAGCGCGUCGACUGGAUGUACCAGGAGCCGUCGAGCGCCACGGGCCACUACUCCGAGGAGAUGGAAGGGUACCUGCUGGGCAAGCGGCGGUUCGAUCAGAUCCUGCUCAAGAACGAUGAGAGUCAGUCGCUGAAGAAGGGGGCCGCCGGCGUGGGUGGCGUCGCGGUCGCUGGUGCUGCGGGGGACAGUGGUGCUGGUGCUGGUGCUGCGGGCGCAGGGACGAAUCCCCGGGAUACCAUGGCGAAGGUGUUGGCGGAUCCGUUGUUGGAGAUUCGGAAGAGGGAGCAGGCGGCGCUGGAGAGUGCGAUUAAGGAGGGGGUUCGGAGGGGGUCUUCGGCGGUGGGAGGGGCUGGGGCUGCUGCGGUGGGGCAUAGGGAGAGGGAGAGGAGGCAUCGGCGCGAGGGGAGUAGGGAGAGGGAGAGGGAAAGGGAUCUGAGGAGUAGCAGGAGGAGUAGGAGGUAUAGCGAUGAGGAGGGGAGGAGGUCGCACCGCGAGAGGGAGAGGUCACCCAGAGCUGCUGCAGGAGAUCGCUCGGACAGGAGACGGAGGGAUGAGAGGGGCGACCGGAGUUCUCAUCAUCGCCGGGAGGACAGGGAUCGCAGAGAUCGCGACUACGACGGGAGAGACCCGGACCGCGAGCGCGGCGACAGAGACGGCGGAGAGAGAGAGUACUCUAGCAGACACCACCGCGAGCGAGAGGACCGCUACGGCCGUUCUUCCCGCCGGGAUGCGCCCCGUGAUCAAUCGCCGUCACCCCGACCUGAUCGCCAGCGCGAUGACAGACGCCGCUCUGAUGACCGGGGAAAUGGUGCUCGUCAGGACGUCCGUGACCGAGAUCGACGAGAGAGAUUCGAUCGCUUCUCUGACAGAAGGGACUACAGAGGACCGAGGGGCUCGUACAAUCGUGACAGAAACCUGCGGGAUGGCGAAAACAACAACACGGAGCAGAGAGCCAAGGAUAUGGAGCAAGAACGCCAGCGCAGACUGGCAGAAAUGCUUUCCAACGCAGACGAGAUGGAGGAAACCCGUCGUCAGCGCAUCGCAGAGGUUACCGCUGCGGAACAGAAGCAGCUCGAGGAGGACGAGAAGCAUCGCUCCGAGAAAGGUCGUUUUGUGUCGGGUCUUCAUCGCCAACUCCAGGAAGACAAUCUGGACGACCGCCUCAAGCGUAGUCGUGGUGGACUUGCCCGGUUGGAUGAUGAUGAGUGAGUAUUUUUGUUAAGUGCAGCGUUCUACUACUAGUACUACUAUGUUUUUAUCCAAUGAUUCCCGGCGUCUUUGGCGCAUUGCAAUCAAUGGUUGACGCAAUAAUGACAAUUUUGC